AUUUUUUUGCAAUUGCGACCCCGGAUCCAUGAUUCACAUUGACAGUAAGUCUGAAAAUUUACCAUUCAGCAUUGUUUGCGCAUGCGUUAUCCUCUAGAACGCGAGGGGGCUCUCACACGACGCAUUUUGUGCGUUUUACCAUUUCGGCUGCUCUCACUAAAAUUGCAAAUUUAUCGCAUAAAUCUCUUCAUUGUAACUAAUUAAUUGCACAAAACAAUAUAAAAAACUAUCAGGUGUCAAACAAUCUUAUCAGUAAUUUCGGUCUUCCCUUCAGUCCCGUUGAAAUGUCUAUUAUCAGACCACUAACCUGCAACGACUUAUUCAAAUUCAACAAUGUGAAUUUGGAUCCCUUGACGGAAACCUAUGGAUUACCCUUCUACAUGCUGUAUUUAGCCCGAUGGCCCGAAUAUGUACAAGUGGCGGAAUCUCCCAGCGGAGAACUCAUGGGUUACAUUAUGGGAAAAGCGGAAGGCCGAGGAGACUCUUGGCAUGGCCAUGUAACAGCACUUACUGUCUCUCCAGAUUAUAGACGACUGGGUCUCGCUGCUAAACUCAUGAAAUAUCUGGAGGAAGUCUCGGAAAAGAAACAAGCAUAUUUCGUCGAUCUCUUCGUGCGCGUCAGUAACAAAGUGGCAAUUCAAAUGUAUCAACAGUUGGGCUAUAUUGUUUAUCGAACUGUCUUAGAAUAUUACAGUGGAGACCCGGACGAAGAUGCCUAUGAUAUGCGAAAAGCACUCUCGAGAGAUUUUUUCAAGCAAUCUGUCAUACCGCUGACCCAUCCUGUACGUCCGGAAGACGUUGAAUGACAUACGGAGGAUGAAUAGAUAUUCACUGACCAAUGACACAAUUAUCAAAAUCAUUAGUUGCUCCACUAGAUUGCAAACACAUGAAAUAUCUCCAUACAUAAUCACAAGGUGAAUAUCAAAUUCAUUAGUUUUUAUCACUGACACUCUGGUCAAUUGUCACUUGGAUACCUAGAAUUUGUACAUGAUAAUACGAAAGGCGUGAAGGAAGAAGGAUAAAAAAGUGUGAAAGAUGACGAGUUGGAGACUGAAGCCUCAUUUAUUUUUCUACGUGUUUGAAUGUCUUUUAAUAAUUGAGGAAAUUUGAUUUCAUUGCGUAUUAUUAGAACUAUUAAUGAUACAUGAAUGAAUAAAUAAAAAAUUAUUGAUCGAACGGUUGAUGACAA